AUGUCUAUAGAGACCAUUCUGUGCCAGAAACAGUUCCAGGUUUAUUUGUUGCUAUUUGCUUCCUACACACAUACAAUGAAUAAAGACAACAUACUUCACACUGACACAAACAUAAAAAUCACCUUGUUCUCUGAAGUGAGUGUUGGGAUCUCAGCUAACAGUAUCCUGUUUUUUGCCCACCUUUCCAUGCUCCUUGGUGAGAACAGGCCCAAACCCAUUGACCUUUACAUUGCUUUCUUGUCCCUAACCCAACUAAUGCUGCUUAUAACUAUGGGCCUCAUAGUUCUGGACAUGUUUACGUAUCAGGGGAGAUGGGAUUCUACCACAUGCCAGUCCCUUAUCUAUUUGCACAGAUUUUUGAGGGGACUCACUCUUUGUGCUAUUUGUUCUCUGAAUAUCCUUUGGACUAUCAUUCUCAGUCCUAGAAGCUCCUGUUUAACAAAGUUUAAACAUAAAUAUCCCCAUCACAUCUCAGGUGUCUUUCUUUUCCUCUGUGUUUUCUAUAUGUCCUUUAGCAGUCACUACUUAGUAUCAAUUAUUGCUACCCCUAACUUGACUUCAGAUAAUUUUAUGUAUGUUACUCAGUCCUGCUCACUCCUACCCGUGAGUUAUUCCAGAAGAAGCAUGUUUUCCACACCGAUGGCCAUCAGGGAAGCCUUUCUUAUUACUAUCAUGGCCCUGUCCAGUGGGUACAUGGUGGCUGUCCUAUGGAGGCACAAGAAUCAGGCCCAGCAUCUUCAGAGCACCAGAGUUUCUACAAAAGCAUCCCCAGAGCAAAGAGCCAUCAGGACCAUCCUGCUGCUCCUGAUCUUUUUUGUGGUUCUCUACAUUUUGGAAAAUGUUGUCUUCUACUCAAGGAUGAAGUUCAAGGAUUGCUCUAUAUUCUUCUGUUUCCAUAUUAUUGUGUCCCAUAGCUAUGCCACAGUCAGUCCUUUUGUGUUCAUUUGCACUGAAAAGCGAAUAAUUAAGUUUUUGAGGACAAUGUUUGACAGAAUAGCACAUAUUUGA